CUUGAUAGUCGUGCACGAAUUCUGAUAAUAUUAUUUGAAAAUGUCAAAGUGUGAAAAUUUUGUGAUUAUAUUCUUUGGGCUGAUAGCCCUGGCGGCUGGUAUUUUCAUAACGAAAGAUGAGUGCCCAGCAAACGAGGAGUACCUGCUCUGCGGCUCUGCCUGUCCCUUCAACUGCACAGAUCCUAAAGGACCAGUGACAUGUUCAGACGACUGUGUUGAAGGGUGCUUUUGCAAGACCGGCUUUUUGAGGGACGUGAACGGAACAUGUGUUAAUGCUGACCAAUGUAUUGGUGAUAAAAACCCGGUUUGCGGAGCCGAUGAGGAGUUCCUCUCAUGCGGCACCGCUUGCCCUGGUACCUGCGCCAACCCUGACCCCCUCGUUUGUGGACUAGCAUGCAGCAUGGGUUGCUUCUGCAAGUCUGGAUAUGUCAGGGAUGAGGCCAGCGACACUUGUGUCACAUUGGACAAAUGUCCACCAGAACAAUGCUUCAACAAAAACGAAGUCUACGACAUUUGCAAAGCCAACUGUGAACCAUCUUGUUCUGAUCCAGAGCCAAUUUGCACUCAAAUCUGCCAAGGGGGGUGCAUUUGCUCAUCUGGGUUACUUCGCAAUGAUAAUGGAGACUGUGUGAGUGUUGAUAAGUGCCCUAAAGGUAACAGCACCGACCCUGGAUUAUUGGGAAGGUACCUCAAUGUGAUCAAUAGAAUUAUCAACUUGUCUAGUGUGAACGGAGCGAAUUGAGUUAAGAUUAACUACUCGAAGAUUUAGUACCUGGUUGACCGAGCUUUGCUCUACCAGAGAUGGCGCUGAUAUAGUUUCAUAAAACGCGGCUUUUAAAAUGUUUAUAUAUCUUGGGAACCGAGCUUUUCUCGAACCUAGGACCUUGAUAAAUCGAUUCCUUGAGCCGUAAAGCCCCUAAUCUGUAACUUUCAUGAAAAUCGUUGGAGCCGGUUUCGAGAUCCUGAUUAUAUAUAUACAAGAAUUGCUCGUUUAAAUAUAUUAGAUAGAUUAGAUUAAUACAUUAUUUUGUUAGUAAUAAUCUAUUUUAGAUACAUAGGUAUAUAAUUUAAGUAAGUCCUCCUUCGGCCCAGUACCAAGGACGCUUUUCUGAGCUAUGUACAUUAGUUUGAGUGGUAACCGAUGCUAUUACGAUGAGGGAAAACAUCGUGAGGAAACCUUCAUAUUCAGGCAAGUGAAUGUGUAACCAUAUUUAUAUUAUAUGUGUAAAACAUGUAAAAUGUGUAAAACAAAUAUUAUUUGUCUUCAUUGCAUGUUGUAAUUCAUAUCAAUCAAUAAAUAUAUUUUAGUUAUACUUUGGAAAUAAGUUAGAACUUUAUGUUCACGAAUAAGUUUACAAUAAUAUAUAGAGACAAGUAACAACUAAUUUAGAAUUUAAGGCUCAUUAUAAUUUUAUUUCUAAUAUUAUCCAGUAAAAUAUUGUAAAUACUUUUAAACA